AUGUCCCUCCGCUCCCUCCUCAGCCUGGCCAGCGUGGCCACUCUCUCCACCCUCGCAGCAGCCCUCAACCCCAGCUGCGCCCCCGGCGGCAAUUUCGACCUCAGCUACUGGGAGUUGCAGCUGCCCAUCGGCUCGUCCGGCCACCCGACAACCAUCUCGUCGAGCCAGCUGCAGGGCUGCAACGGCUACCAGAACCCAUCCUACUUCUACACCGACAGCAACGACGGCUCGCUGGUGAUGAAGGUCCCCGGCGACCCGGCCUCGACAGGCUGCGUGACGACGCCCAACAGCCAGCACUGCCGCACGGAGCUGCGCGAGAUGGACCCCUCGAGCGGCGCCGCAGCCAGCUGGGAUCCCAACGCGGCGACAAACCGGCUGAGCGCGACGCUGACGGUGGUGCAAGCGGACAACAGCAAGUACGGCACGGUCAUCGGCCAGGUACACAUCGACGACAGCGUGUCGAGCAAGCCCGUGUGCGAGCUGUACUACUCUCAGAACGGCGACCUGACCAUGGGCGUCGAGCAGACGCGCUCCGGCGGCAACGAGGUCAUGACCAAGGUCGGCAACGUGCCGCUCAACACGCAGUUCUCGUACGAGAUCCGCUACGAGAGCAACGUGCUGAGCGUGAGCAUCAACGGCGGCGCGCAGCAGACCCUGUCGACAUACCAGCUGGACGCGCCCAAGAGCUACUUCAAGGCGGGCAAUUACAACCAGGGCUCGAGCCAGUCCGAAGUGCACUUUUACGAGAUCAGCGUGCAGCAUUAA